CAUCCAUUGUAAUUGUCUGCUUUCAGCUGGUCAACACACAUUUAUACGUGCAAGGGACGGGCGUCAACAUGGCUGAUCUUGAUUAUGGCACACCCGAUCCAAGCGCCCGAGGGCAGGAUACGCCGGCACAGUCUUCGCUCGAAGGCACCACUGCCUCCAUGCAUGCGUCAUCCGCUGCUUAUGAAGGAGCAGAGACGCAGGAUGCGGGGAUGGAGGGACAGGAGGAUCUAAGGCAGCCAAAGAUAUACGUGCUGCCAGUAGGACAGGAAAUAGAAGCGAGCUCCUCAAGGGACGUCAGGCCACGUCCAUACGUGGACGAGGACGAAAUGAUGCUCUUGCCGCCUAAUCCAGAAGAAGACCUCACCCCAGUACCGCAGCAGCCCAACGAAUCUGUUCUGGAUGACGUGCAAUUAUCUCAAAUUCGUCUCUCAGUCCUCAAUCUUUCCGGCCAGCCGGUCACCCAACUGUCCACCUCCCGCAUAUUCGCCUACCUUACUCAUUGCGGCGCCGCGCCUCUAGGUGUGGAAUGGAUCGACGAUCAGAGCUGCAACGUUGUCUUCAAAGAUUUCAGAGGCAGCCGAACUGCUCUGGAGUAUUUGAUAUUACCGAAGCCCUGGCGGGUGAAGGUGGAGGAUAACGGCGAAAUUGAGAACAAGGAAAGUUUCCAAUUCGGCGGUUCAGCUGUUUCAGGCAAUGGAGAAGCGGCUUCACCACAGGCAGCGGGCGAAGCGAUGGAAGCCGAUGACGUAGAUCAAUUCAAGGUGUCCGGUGGCAGAGACCCUGAGAGCUUACCGGAUCUUGAGGAUAUGGCCAAAGUGGCAGAGCAAGAGACGACAUUCGAUGAGGCUUCCGACGUGGAUCUCGGCAUCGCACUUCUAACCUGCCGCAAAGCGCGUCCAGUACCUCUCAGGCUGUUCACACCCGUCGAGCGCGACAGUGCAACGAAGUUGUUUGAGAUCCGAGAGGAGCAGGCUCGGGUGGAAGCGGAGAAGUCGAGAGUGACGCAAGAGGGCGCUGCGGAAGAGGAUGGGGAAGACCAACGGCCAGAGAUCUACCGCGAGAUGGAACGCGAGGACCGCAUGCAACGAUAUCAAGAUUCGGCAAUCUACAAUGUCCGACGCCUGGUGUCGUCUUUGUAUGUCCGCUUCAGCAUCAAGGACCACGACAUCAAAGGAAAGAAGAGCUACAAGCAGAGCGAGUGGUACCGAGCGCACGGCAGGGAUGCAGGACGACACGUGGUGGGAAAGUUGCUAGAAGUGGGAGAGUACAAAGACAGCCGAGAGCUUCUGACUGCCGACGAAGGCGGCCAGGAUCGAAGCGGCAGUCGCUAUCGCGCACAAAUGGACAGACUGCCUCAACCCCUGUCUGCGAGUGCGAGCGAGCUGCAGGGUCGCAUGGGUCGGCGCUAUGACCGGCGUGCAGCCAUGGAUGCACUGAACGAUGAAAUGGACGACUAUGCGCGAUCGCGAACGCGCGAGCCUGAGCCCGGAAACGAACGUGGACGCGAUCGCGACAGGUCAGCAUCGCCAGUCCGCGAGCUUUUCGCCAACCAGACCGCUGGCGGCAUCCGAAUCAGAGGCCGCGGGUCGAUGCGAGCACCGCGCGUAAGCGUGUGGGGUGACGACGAUGACGAUACCGGUGGCUCUGGCGGCGGCGACAAGCCGCAAGAGCUGGGUGGUACGCUUAUUUCGGAUCAGCUGGAGAGAAAGCGCAACCGAUCGCUUAAAGAGUCGCGAGAUAGAUGGAAGGAAGACGAGCCAGCGCAGCGUGGAUUGGACGACAGGCUCGGAGCGCAUCCGGACACUAAGCUCCAGGAUCGGCUAGGCAAAAGCGCGCUAUUAUUUGAGCGCAUACAAUAGUCUGCCAGAGUAUCACACGAAGUGAUUCCUGCUCUCCCUGUAAUGCUCUUUGUAAUGCACCAUUGCUACGCGUUUACCCC